CGGAAGUUAGCUUUUGUAUCCACCAUGAUGAAUACUGAACACUGCGAGGAAACGAAUGAGAUGGUACAUUGAUUUUUGAGGAGAACAGGUCGUUAUUUUGAGCUACAUAAACUGAACGGGCCUAACAUUAACAGAGCUAGACGUUCACGAAACGGGAAGAUCAUCGUCUGACGGAGCGUGAGGUUCGCCGAUACAUCUGACUGAGCGGGAGGUUCGCCGAUACGUCUGACUGAGCGGGAGGUUCGCCGAAACGUCUGACUUCCGCCGAUACGUCUGACUGAGCAGGAGGUUCGCCGAUACGUCUGACUAAGCGGGAGGUUCGCCAAUACGCCUGACAGAUCGGGUGGUUCACCGAUACAUUUGGCAGAAGGGAAGGUUCGCUUGCCUAUACGUUUGACCGAGUGGGAGGUUCGCCGAUACGUCUGACCGAGUGGGAGGUUCGCCGAUACGUCUGACCGAGUGGGAGGUUCGCCGAUACGUCUGACCGAGUGAGAGGUUCGCCGAUACGUCUGACCGAGUGGGAGGUUCGCCGAUACGUCUGACCGAGUGGGAGGUUCGCCGAUACAAAUUUUGCAGAGUCGCAAGUACAGCAAUUCCAUCGGUAUGCCAGAGCCGGAAGUAGCCAAACCACAGGCCUGGUAGAUCCAGAUACUAGAACUUCGAGGACCUUAAGCAUAUCUACUGUUGUAUCGCACGAAUGGAGGCUGAAACCAGCGAACCUGGAAUGGUACCUCUUAUUUAUGACAAGAGUGAGUCUGGAGAACCGGAUACUGAAACACAGAUAGAUGGCGGUGGCGAGAACUAUUCCAAGGGCCCAGAAAUUCAGACAGAUGGUUCUAACGAACCAGAAAUGGAAAUACAGAUAGGCGCCGUGUUUUCACUCGCAUCUAUCGAUGGAAACAAACAAAACGAGACAUUGGAAUCAGAGUCCUUUGAUUCCCAACGGACUUCGUUUACAGGAUCUACCGUAUCGGCAGUUUCGUUAAGUGGAUCAACCGUAUCGGCAGUGGAGGAUGAUAAAUUCAACAGUAGUAAGUCAGAUGAAAGUUGUGUAACGAAUGGAGAAAUAAGUGCUGACAACAGUAUGUGUUCCGAACAUGUAGUUUCUGAAACUGGCCAUUCCAGUCCGGACCAUCAUCCAAGGGACAGUACAAAUGAUUACUCGGUAUCUCCGGCUCGUCCGCUGUCGCCUCUACUUAAAGUUGAUAUGAGUGCUAAUGAUACGACGGGUUUGAACGAAAGUAUAAAAGAGUCACUACCUCUCCAAUCCGUAAAACAUUCCUUCAAGAAGACAAAGAAAACAGUCAGCUGUUCUGAAAACAAAAACAUUAUCACGAGUAAGAAUUUCAGCUAUUGUUACGUAAAAUUAUUCGAUGUUUUGAAGCAUAGAGUUGUUAAACAAGAAGUUAUAAAAAUGGCAAAGAAAACUGAGACAGACAGAGAAGUUACAACACAGGAGCUAAAACAAGCACCGAAAAUUCCUACAAGGAAAUUAAAAAAGAAACCAGCCAGACUUACAUUGAGGAAGAAGAAAAAGAAAAACCUUAAUAAAGAAAAAGUUCCAACUGAAGCUACGUCUAGGAAUGACGCUCACCAAUCAGAUGCAACUUCAGACCAAAUACCUAUUAGACCUAGCAGAAAGAGGAAGUUCAACCAUAACCUCUUCACAGACGCUGUUGUGUUUGAUAGUCGAGGUAUAAGUAAUUUUGAGGAUCACGUUAUUCAGAAGCAAGAAGAGGAAGACGUCAAGGGCCGCACAGCUCCGACAUAUGGAUUCCGAGGAAGUCGCCCGCAAGUGGCUAGGACUAAAAAGAAACUAAGUCGUAUUAGAAGAGAAGACAUGCCAUUUAUUAGUGUUACACUCGACGCUGAAAAAGUCAAUAGGAUUGAUAAAUCCAAGUUAGAUACUUCCAAAAAGAAAGUUAGUAUUCCUAUUUCAUAUCUUCUGGAUAGAAAAGUUCGCUUAUACCACAAUCUGCUAAAGACUACUAGUGGCAGUUUCCGCAUCUUGAAGAACAGGUCGAAGAGCAGUUUCCUAAAAUAUGCUGAAAAAGCCAUGAGGAAAGCGAGAUUAAAGACAGAUUCUAAAACAGCAGAUAAUUCAAAAUCAACAGUAAAAACGGAGGUCGAGGAAGGGUUGUCAAAGAAGAAGAAGAAAAAGGAGGAAACGUCGGCAGUUAUUAGUCUACCUGCGGACCGUCGGCACCAACAGAUGAUGACAAGUGAUAAUGACAAAGGGAAUUUUGAUACGUGGGCUCCGUUAUGGUCAAAGAAACCAAAUUUAUCAAAUCCAAAUUCGCUAGUUCUACCAGUAAAUGUGAAGAAGGAACCAGGAACGUCAUGUUUUGACGAGAAUAAGAACACUUUUGCCUCUGACGAAGGUAGUGUUAGUCUUACCGGGAGAUAUAGAAAACCCAGUAAUAAGUACAGCUCAUUCAUCACGACUUUCGAUCGGAAUUGGCACUUGCCAAAAAUGUCGGAUAAAACUUCAGUUAAAUUAGAACAACCUUAUAUAGAGAUGGACAUAGCUGCAGAUGCAGAAGCGAUUGUUCGUCAGCAAAGACUGGGUAAAGUGUACAAGUUGUCCGAUGCUGACAAGAACGACGAUUCUGUUGAGAUGAAUAAUUGGCACAGACGCAAUCCAAACAUAGAAAAAUCACCAAUAUCCUCAGCAACAGUUGUCGAAAGUCCAACGUCGUCUUUUCAGAACAACGGCCAAUCCAUUCCCGUUAAAAUGCCAAGCGCAACAACUGGAAAUUCUACAAGAAAAAUAUUACCGAAAGAUGUUUUAAAACCGGUUAAAACUAAUCCGGCCUUGGCGAUGAAACCGCUGCCAAUGACUAAUACAUGUGAAAAUUCUAGUCUGUACAGGAGUACUGUCAAUGAACUUGCCAGAGUACAAAAUACAAAGAAGUUUUUCCAAUUGCGCAUUGGCGAAAAAAUGGUGUUGAUACCAGCUGAUGGUGGAGAUCUCGUUCCGAAGGCAUAUGUAAUAGAUAUAGCAAAACAUCCUUUCCCCAUGAAGACAAAUACAGAAAAAACUCUUAAGGGGGAGACAGGUGUGCUACCUCCCGUAUCAACAGACUAUGUUGCUUCUUUAUUUAAGAAACCUUCCAAUCAAGCCAAUAUUAAAACAUCUGACGAAGAUGUAAGUGGGAAGCUGACGGUAGACACCGGGGACUUCUCGAAACAGACACUUUCCUCUCCACCACUAUUGUCGCCUCAUGUCGAGCCUACUAGUUCAAUGUACUCGCACUCUAAUCACAACCCACCAGUGUUAAGUCCCAAAGGAUUACCUAGCCCAGAAAAAACAUGUGAGGACGCAAAACCGCCAAUUUUGUGUCAGGAACUUGGUUCUUGUGAGGGUACGAGCCCCAAUUCAAGUCACAUGAAAAGUAUUCUCCCGAAGUUACAUCAGAGUCACACCCCAGGAGAGGAUUCUGCUAGUGGCUGUCCGAGUUUACCAGCAUCUGCCGAUGGGCAUCCGCCUCACCUUACCCUCGUUAGCGACGGAAGCCACUCUGAAACCAUUGUAGUCAAGAAAGAACCUGCUCAUCUCAGGAAUUUUGAUGUUGGUGAAAGUACAAAAGACAACUUGCCCAGGAAACCAAACAUCACAACGCAAACAACAUGCUCUAUUUCUAAUGUUUACAAUCGGACCGUUCCUUUAACUCCAAACAAUUCUAUUUCGUCAGAAAGUAGGUUUUCAUGUACAGUCAAUACAGUCGGUGGAAGUGGCACAGCGACUGCAUCAAGUGAAAACAGUGGUCCGCUUUCAGUUGCGGGAUACAGCGCGCCAUCUUCUUCGUCAGGUAGUACCAGUCAGGCAUAUCCUAAGGAUCCGGCAUGGCCCUCUUCUUCAAAGGAAGACGAGGUUACGCAGAAGUCUUCUUUAGACCCAUCGUUUGCUGCAACAGGAAACAUCCUAGAUAACCCGCAAUCUAACGUAGGUGCUGAAGAUCCAGGUCGUGAGCGAGACAUAUUUGGCAUCAAAACAGUCACCCAUGUCCCAGCUAACGAAACUAUGGUACAGGAAAGAAUUCGAAAACUUCGGGAAAGGUUACGAGAAACGCAAGCUGAUUUAGACAACGUCCGGAAAACAUUUCGAAUCAAGAAAGAGAAUAUUGAGGAUGACUAUUAAAAUCAUAAAGUAAUUAUAUGAGAGCGGUAAGAUAAGAUUUCCUUCAUGCGUCCAUGUUGAGGUAAAACGGUACUCUUAUUGAUGAACAUGGAUAUUAUUUCCCCUUUUGGUUAAGAGUUCAUAUAGUUAUAAGUAUUAUUAGUGGAAUUAGAGCCCUAUAAAAAUGGUGCUGUAUCAUAUCAUCUAUAAUAUGCAGAUAAUAAUUAUGUUAGUUCACGUGUGGAGGUUCGGUAAUGUUAUUGCAUCAAAUCGCAAUUUACAAUGUAAUUGAUUUGUAUAAAUAAUUAAACAUCAAGUAGGUAAACGCCACACCGAAACAAUACUAAGUAACCCGGUUAGUAUCUUACUUUAAUUUAAUAACACAGGACUGCUUGUAAACCCGAUCGAUGUUUCAAAGGCCAAAAUCCAGUUGUAAGCAUAUGUACAUUUUGUAAAUAUGUUUAUAAAGACAUUUCAGUUUUGAUUUUAUAAAAAUGUAAUGAUAACCUGCCUCGCUACAUCAAGUUGCCAUUGGGCGUCAUCUUCCCUUUUUUGACGCUAUAUAUAUUAGGAUUUUCCCCGCGAGACGUUCUAUUUCCUGUAGUACAGUAGUACGAUUUCUAUUGCUAUGUAGUGAUUUAAGGAUGCUAAAGCUGAAAGUGCAUGUUAUUUUUAGUUUUUAUUUUAGAAUUAUGAGAACAUUUUCCAAGGGUGCUUCAUUAGAGAGAACAGCGUCUAUUUUAUGUUAAGUAAUUUUCUUCUCAUUAUAGGCAGAUCGGUCCUCGUCAGUGUACAAUUGGGUCUUACCAGUUGUAAACAUAUCCCGUAUCCUUACCAAGUUUUUAUUAUUCUAAAAUGUAAUGGAUGUGAUGUCAAUGUGAAGUCGAAGCUCGACAUAAUCCGCCUCGUAGUGUAAGGGCCUGACAUAGAUGGGUAACAAAGUAAAAACAUAAUUUAUGUCCUGUAAUUUGGCACCCUAAGGACAUGUCUCAUCCUGAAAAUUUACAGGCAUGAAAUAAGCUGCAAUGACAGUUUUGAUAUGUCAUAUUUGAGAGAAGAAAUGUAUCUUACCGAUGUUUUAUUUUGUUUGUAUUUAAACAGUUACCACUGGUGUUUUAUGUACUAUACAUUUGACAUUAUGUAUGUAGAAGUUUCACUCCACCCCAGAAUUGCCAUUUUUAAAGCUGGCUUAAAUAUUUAGUGAUCUCAACCUUUGAACUUUCAAAUGUAUUUCAUAUGUUUCAAGCUACAUUUUAGUUAAGUGUAUAUAUUUGGUACAUUAUUUCAUAUCCAUACGAUGUAAUAGGAAAAGUUCGCAGUAAAACUCCAUUGUUUUUUUUUAUUAAAACCAAUAUAAAAGGUGAUUUGCUGAAAUUGUUAUUCCAAUAAAUGACAUGGUAUAUGACAUGGCUCAAAAGUCAGUCAAAUGUGAGAAGAUAGAAAGAAUGGUGUACUUAUCAUGCAGUAAUCAGAAGAUAGAAAGAAGGUUGUACUUAUCAUGCAGUAAUCAUGCAAUCUACAUUGUAUUCUACCACGUUUGCUAAAUUAAACUACAACCGGAAAACCAUAUGGAUUGGACUGCUAAAUCGAUAGAAGGGACGAGGGAUAUUUCUAAAUAAACACCAUAUCUAGCGUUACUUGUUUGUUUGAUGUGUAUUAAGUUCAGAAAGGAACAUUAGCUUGGCCUAUAUUAAAGUUAGUCUGUGUUCCUUGGGUUUUAAUUUGAAAUCAUGGUACGACAUACAAAAACGUUUGAUAUCUGCUGUGAAAUUGCGAUUUGUUGUUGUAAAUAACUAUGUUCCUAUUUGAUAACUGUAAUCGGACCUGAAUAUCCCAAGUUUUAUCAACAUUCAGUAGCGUAAGGAAACUCCUUGAAUUUCCCAUAGAAGAGCAUUACAAAAUUAACGGAUAAUUCCUUAAGAUUUUUCCCUUUGAUCCUAUAAUACUUCAAUAUUUCAAGGAAUUUCCUUAAGUUAAGGAUCAGUUGAUGAAACGGGGUCAUAGAGAGUGAUCUCGAUUUCAUGAUCAAGGUUUACAUUGAUAUGGGUGGCAUGUAUUGAUAUAUAUAUAUAUACAGAUCUAUAGGAGAGACUGACAUUCAUUAUAGAUCUACUGUAUCUAACUCUCAAUCUGCAUUGAAUGAUGGCAAUACCUUGUGUGUCCUACCACGUGACUGAGUGUACAUGUGUCGAUAUGCCUAAUUAGUUGGUAUGUCAAAACAUCAGUGUACAAGACACACAGGAUAUAAGUACCAUUUAAAACAAGUUGAGAGUUAGAGUAGAGCCAAAACGAAUUAAACUGCACCAACCGCUGUUUCGUCCUUCAAUUACUGAUUAUCCAUCAUCUACUUGUAAAGGUCAGUGUGACAGGUCAAUUUGGUCAGACUUCAUUGUCAUAUUCUGGAGUAUGUAUCAUUACGUUAGGACUAGUGUGGUCCACAUAAUGUCCACGUCCAUAAAGGAGUUUACUCUCCAACUACACUUUAUUGUAUUUAAUAUCAUCAUAAUUCGAUGCAAUUACUGUAAUGCAUUAAAAGUUGAAAUUGACAAGGAAAUAAUUUUAUCAUUUGCAUUGUAAUAUAUAGUUUAUCAUCAAUGUAAGGAACAUGUGUAAUAAAACGGCGGAGUUUUGUUUAAAAGUUUGUAUGGUGAUUUUUUGUUAUAAAUUUAAUAAUUGUAUGCGCCCUAUUG